AUGGAUAGCCAUGGUCUUAGCCUGGCAACAGAAAAGACUGAGAUACUGUUUGCCGGCAGGAAGAUGAUUCCCAUCAUCAUAGAGAUGAAAAUAGACACGGAAACCAUUCAGACGAAGCGGGUUUUAAAGCAGCUAGGGGUAAUGCUGGAUACCAAGCUCAUCUUCUGUGAACAUAUUAGGAAAACUUCUGACGAAGCAGCAACAGUGACGACGGCACUGAGCAGCCUCAUGGCCGAUGUCAAAAUACCAAAGCCGUGUAAACGUCAACUACUAAUGACGGUAGCCCCGAAAAUCCUCCUAUAUGAUAGUGAAAUCUGGACUGAAGCACUGAAGAUGAAAAAAUUCAGGCAGCGGAUGGCAUCGGUACAACUGAGUGGUGCACUAAGAGUUGUGUGCUCUUACCACACUGUCUCGGAGUCCGCAGCUCUUGUAAUCGCGGGAAUCAUGCUUAUUGACCUGCCAGCCCUGGAAAAAGAUGUAUAUAUAAGGCAAUUCCAGAUAAAAAAGAGAAAUAGCUAA